GUAGUCUUUCCCUCCCAUACGUUCUUUCUUUUCUUUUUCCCAUUCUUCUUCCUGUCCUUCCUCCACCCAAGCUCGUCGGCCGCCAAUUUCACGCACAGAUGAUGUUACGCACAAGCUUCGGCUGACAAUCCACCACCAGACGUUCACGCACAGACGACAUUCGACCAUCACAGACGACGUUCACGUACAAGCUUUGGCCGCGCCACCACAGGGAUAUCAAUCAACUUGUCGGCGCCACCACAGACGACGUUCCCUCCCCUGAUGUCCAUAACAGACUUUCGCACAGUAGAUCCCCACGAAUGGCCGCCCCAACUUCGCUCCACCACGACAUCACAAAAGCAAGAAAGAUACCGAAGCGUGCUUUGCCUAUUAUUUGCUUCAGAGAAGUCAGCCCCCCAUUGUCGGAUGCUUCAAACACUUCCAUUAUAGAUUCAGGGGGGAAGAGUUAUGGCUGUUCUGAAAAUGCGGGUGCUGCAGGAACGUAUUACGAUGCUGUGCCUCGAAGCCUUAUUGUUAGCAAUGACAACUUAUCUAUUAAUGGGAAGUGUUGUAUUUUUUCCCUUUCUUAGAGAAGAAAGAGUAAUUUCAUCAUAAAAAGGAUUUAAAUAACCAGAAUUCCAAGGAAAUGAAUGUUUGCUGAUGUGUAAUUUCAUCUUAGCAUGCAAUGAGGGGUUAAGAUCUUCACAUAUAGUCUAAGGUUAGAAAUGAGGGGUUAAGAUCUAAAAGUUUUGAAAAUUCACCGGACCGCACAUAACAAUUUUAAAUCUAUAUGCAUCUUCACAUGCCUCUUCACUUUUUAGUUUUCAUUAUUUCUUUCACUAUAAUAUAUCAAUCUAAUACCAGGAAACACACACAAUUAACUUGGUGUUUUAAGCUAAUAGUAAGGCUAAUAACUGAAGUAACAACAUGAGUAACUGAAAUAAAAAAUAAUAACAGAACACACACUACAACAAAUUUUGCAGGAUUUUUGUAGUUUUUGUUUGGAGAUGGUGUCAUCCACCUCUACCUUUUGCAGGAUUUUCUAUUUCUGUACGCUGUUCUUUUAUGUACCUAGGCUAUUUUUGGGGCAGAUGGUUCUUGAAUGCAUUUCCAGUAGCACCUUUUGCUGAGGCUAAGGUAAGGGAUAUUGGUUCAUCUUUAUAUUUUUGGUAUACUGCAAAAAUGGCAUUAUAUAGAAUCAAAUUUAGAGGAGCUGAACAACAUUUAGAUUUUGUGACGGAAUUACAUAGAACAUAUUAUACACCUCUUUGUGGUUAGACCAUAUAAACUUUAAAAAUUCUAAAUUGAUUCCUUGUAAGUUUUUAACUGUUAUCGUAUAUUUUCAAAAUGAAGAUUUCGGGAAGAAAUACCACUAAAUGAAUUCUAACAUACAGAGAACUCAAUUCUUAUUAUGUGGAGGGCAGCAGCUCGAAAGUCUAGAUCUAGUAGGGUAGUUCUUGAAAUGCACUAUGAAACUCUACUGUAAAGCACAUUGUAUAAUAUUAGUGGUCUCGAACGCAAUUUGGUUUAGGUGACUUAUCAUUUUGGUAUUCCUUUGUCACUAGUUGGAUACUGGUAUUGUAUUUAUGUUCAUAUGGUUAGGUUGUUAUCAACCAAGUGUUCAAUUCAACUUGUUCACGAGGGAUGAUUUAAUAUUUUAUCAUAGCUGCAUGAACUAGCAUCAACUGGCCUGCUGCAGAGAACAAUAUAAACAGUUAUAUAACUAAAAUUGGUAAGAUCAAGUAAUCCAACACACCCCCUCAUCACGGUUCUUCCUAAGUUGCUGAAUGCUUUUGUGAGCUUUGCCUCUCUUCUCUGUAACAGAAGUUAGCUCAUCCUGCAAAGUUUUAAUUUCAUUGUCUAUUGCCUUCAAGGCAUCAUCGAGUUGCUUUAUCUUGGCUCUAACGGCUUGUUGUUCCUUCCUCACUCCAUCCAAAACACCACCUAUGAUCUACAUUACCAUGAUUUGUAAGACGUGAAUUUAUUGCAUUACAGCAGUUAAUUAGUAAAACAGAAUUGGAUUCAACUUCACGUUCCUAACCUUGGCUUGAUCUUGGAGGGCUUCUUUCUGUACCAUAGAAUCUUGAAGCUUUGCUCUCAUAGCAGCAUUAGCAAUAACUUUCUCCCUCGUCCCUUCAAGCUGUUUAAUUUCUCUUAAAUUUUGCUUUUCCUCAGAAAGCGGAAUGCUUUCAUGUUGUAUAUGGUAUUGCAGGCUCUGAAUCUAUAGGCAGCAACCCAAAUGGGAUUAAAAAAGGAAGAUGAGGAGAGCAAAAGAACCAGAUGCAGGAUCAGAGGGAAAGAAAUUAGUGGAUUUUAUCGAGGCAACUAGGGAACCCAGCCUCACGUUUGUACUUGCCCAAUUUGAUGGCAUAUUAGGACUUGGCUUUAAAGAGAUCUCGGUUGGAGAUGCAGUGCCUGUAUGGUACAACAUGGUUGAUCAAAACCUUGUGAAGGAACCUGUUUUCUCUUUUUGGUUUAAUCGAAAUGCAGAUGAGGAACAAGGUGGUGAAAUUGUCUUUGGUGGUGUGGAUCCUGAUCACUACAAGGGGGAACAUACAUAUGUUCCAGUUACUAAAAAGGGAUAUUGGCAGUUUGAUAUGGGUGAUGUCCUGAUCAAUGGCAGUACGACUGGAUUUUGUUCUGGUGGUUGCUCAGCGUUAAUUUUUGUUCUAGUAAAGACUGAACAAAUAUCUUGAUGUUGUCUUUCUAAAGCUUGAUUGCAACCAAGACAAUAAGCCAUUGGCAAAGAAACUUGGGAUAAAAGUGGUGCCAACUUUCAAAAUUCUAAAGGACAAGAAGGUUGUUAAAGAAGUAACUGGAGCAAAGUUCGAUGAUUUGGUUCAUGCCAUUGAUACUGUAAGAUCCAACUGAAAACUCUCCUCUCUUCUCUUCUUUGUAAAUUUAAAUAAUAUGAUGCAAGGAAGAGUGUUCAGGGCAGUUAGUUAUUUUACUCUAUUAGUUUAAUGAUUUUGUGUACUGUUAAGUGUUAAGGAAGAAGCAAUUCGACCAUGGGAAAUGAUUCUGUAUAUAAAAAUGUUUGGGAGAUAGACAUUUGAAUGUGUACAAUGACAGUUUCUACAUAUUCCAAAAAUUAUUUUGAUAUAUACAUUUCUUUAUGAGUGGGUUUGAAUGUUUUUGUAAUUGGGUUUGGGUAUGUUUAUGGUUUUCUUCUAGUGAUAGAACUGCUUUCUACUAUGCUUGACAUGUUUGUUUGUAAUAAUGGAGAUGAUAGAAAUCAGAAGUUAUCAGAUUAAAUGGUUUAUUUCGAUAUUGCUUGUAGAAUGAUUGAAGUCAUCAGAUUGAAAGCUAAGCGAUUGUGUAGAUAGCUAGGAGAUCGUUGAAGGUUGAAGACUGAGAAGGCGUUUAGAAUUUCUUAUUUAAGUCUUGUAUUAGGAUCUUGUUUCAUGUACUAUUGUAAAACACAAUAUUAAGUUUUUCGUUUUGUGUAUACAAAUUUAAAAGAUAAAUAUUAUAGUUUCUAAAAUAAUAUUGAUUUUAUUAA